GGUGUCAGAGGGGGGAAAAAAUCCCACAGAAAUGAAUGGAAUGACCCAACUUCUAAAACAUUGAAGCUGAAUACCAAGCCUCCCCGUCCCACUCCCCAGCAAGCAGCACAGACCUCACCCGCUUAAGACCCCAACUCUGGGAACCCUCCCUGCCAGAGGCUUCCUGAGGCCUGUGUAACUGAACAUGUUUGGAUUUGCCUUGCCAUCAGCAGGUGAGGCUGUUGUCAGCUAAUAAAUAGCUCAUUACUCAAUGGAUUAAGGUAGAAAGUGGACCUUCAGCGCUCAAAAGAUGGUACCAGGCCAACAAAUGACACGCCCAGAUGGAAGGCCCCAGGGAGGAGAGCUUCUCUAAAAUGUUGCCAUCUGGAUCAACUGGAGGGUGAGGCUGAUGAGUCAAAGGGCAGAGGAGUGUGGAGGAAAGGAACACCGGAUGUGGUGUCAGGAGGUCUCGACGGAAGUGCCUGCCCCACCACUUGCUGGAUGGCCUUGACAGUGAUGCAGCCUCUCUGAACUUCGGUAUCCUCGUCGUCUCUAAAAUUGUCAUCCCGGCCACUGGGGCAUUGAGAGAAUUGAUAUAUGGCUGGAACGAGAUAAGGUACCAGCUGCCACGAAGGCUGAGUUCCUCCUUGACCUUGAGAAGGGCCUCAUGGGCCAGGGGAGGAGUCAGACAUAUCAACAAAUCAACCAACUGGCCGAUGUUAACAUCGCCAGAAAUGGGACAAAGUGACAUCAUACAGCUCCUGAUAUGAUACCCUGAGAUGAACCCAGCAUCACCUCUGGCAACCCUGGCCAAGUCUGCACAGCAUGAACCCAAGUGUGCCGGUCCAACAAAAGCCCCUGGGUCUGUUUGACUUGUUCAAGUGUCCACUGUGGAAGGUAUGUGAAUGGCCAUGCAAAAAAACAUUAUGAAGAUGCACAAAUACCCUUAACCAACCAUAAGAAAUCCGAAAAGCAAGAAAAAGCUCAGCACACAGUGUGUAUGGAUUGCAGUAGCUACAGUACAUACUGUUAUCGCUGUGAUGAUUUUGUGAUUAAUGACACCAAGCUGGGACUGGUACAGAAAGUCAGAGAACACUUACAGAACUUGGAAAACUCAGCUUUCACAGCUGACAGGCAUAGGAAAAGAAAACUUUUGGAAAACUCAUCACUGAACAGCAAGUUACUAAAAGUAAAUGGAAGCACCACUGCCAUUUGUGCCACAGGCCUUCGGAAUUUGGGGAACACGUGUUUCAUGAACGCCAUCCUUCAGUCACUCAGUAACAUUGAGCAGUUUUGCUGUUAUUUCAAAGAGCUGCCUGCUGUGGAGUUAAGGAAUGGGAAGACAGCAGGAAGGCGAACGUACCAUACCAGGAGCCAGGGGGACAACAACGUGUCUUUGGUGGAAGAGUUUAGAAAGACACUCUGUGCAUUAUGGCAAGGUAGCCAGACUGCAUUUAGCCCAGAGUCCUUAUUUUAUGUUGUUUGGAAGAUUAUGCCGAAUUUUAGGGGCUAUCAGCAGCAGGACGCUCAUGAGUUCAUGCGCUACCUGUUAGACCACCUGCACUUGGAACUCCAGGGCGGUUUCAACGGUAUUUCCCGCUCAUCAAUUCUGCAAGAGAAUUCUACUCUGUCUGCAAGUAACAAAUGUUGCAUAAAUGGAGCAUCUACAGUUGUCACGGCUAUAUUCGGAGGCAUUCUCCAAAAUGAGGUUAACUGCCUCAUAUGUGGGACAGAAUCUAGAAAGUUUGAUCCAUUCCUAGACCUUUCAUUAGAUAUUCCAAGUCAGUUCAGAAAUAAACGCUCUAAGAAUCAAGAAAAUGGACCAGUUUGUUCAUUACGAGAUUGUCUUCGCAGUUUUACCGACUUAGAAGAACUUGAUGAGACAGAGUUAUAUAUGUGCCACAAGUGCAAGAAGAAACAAAAGUCCACUAAAAAGUUUUGGAUUCAGAAACUACCCAAGGUGCUAUGCUUACAUUUGAAAAGAUUUCAUUGGACAGCAUAUUUAAGAAACAAAGUUGAUACAUAUGUAGAAUUUCCCCUGAGAGGGCUAGACAUGAAAUGCUACUUACUAGAGCCUGAGAACAGUGGCCCGGAGAACUGCCUCUAUGACCUUGCUGCUGUGGUGGUGCACCAUGGUUCCGGGGUCGGUUCUGGACAUUACACAGCAUAUGCAACUCACGAAGGUCGCUGGUUCCAUUUCAAUGACAGUACUGUAACACUGACUGAUGAAGACACCGUUGUGAAGGCCAAGGCCUACAUCCUUUUUUAUGUGGAACGCCAGGCCAAAGCUGGGUCGGAUAAACUUUAAUACCUCCUCCAAAUCAUUAUUCGUCAACUAUACCGGACAAACAUUUCCAAUUUUCCAUAAAUACUUGAUCCAAGAUUUAAUUUCAUUAUGCACUUUUCAGUUUCCUAUUUUGGGUUUAGUUUUAUUUUGUCAAUGGUAGUGACUUAUUGAACAUGGGCACCAACUAAUUUUUUUUUUUAGUUCUACCAGAAAACCUCAGCAGAUAUUUUGAUUUGCUGCUUUAGUUGUAAUAAUUCAGUUUUUAUAUGUAGUUUCAAGAACUUAGUUCUAUUUGACUUUUUUAUAUUAAUGUUCAAUUCUCACUUUGAGGCACAUUUACAUCAAUGCAUUGUUACUCUCACAUGCUGAAAGGAAGAUACGUUCCUGAUUGUGAAGAGCAACGUAACCACCUGCUGCCUUCUCACAGCUGUAACGGAGAUCAGGUUUGCUCAAAAUCAGGGAUCAUGUGUGCACGUAAUUUGUGGCCCACGAGAUUUCAGUGACUGCUCAGUAAUCAUUCUCUUUGCUUGUAAAAGAUAACUGAAAGGGCAUCAUUAAGUAGACCAGGUAAUUGCUGCUCUUCGUAUCUCUCAGAGCUGCACUAACUAAAUUUGUUGGUUCAGUUGUAACUAUGUUGCAAAUUCAAGAAUUACCUUUUUUUUUUUUUUUGAUUUUGGGGUAUUUUCAUGGAGAUAGGAGUACUGAAAACUCCCAGGAAGGCCAAAUACACUUAAGUGUUUAAAAAAUUCCAUGACUCGGCUACAUGUUAUCCAGGUGUUAUUUAUCCACUGCCAUGAAACCAUAGCUUCUGUUCGCCUUUUAGAGUCAGCACCUAAUUCCCUGUUAGUUGUAGCAUCGGGAUUAACUGCAUGUCCACUGUAGUCUUACUUCUUACUUGGUCACCUGAGGUUGAGAUGCUACCCUCCAGAGUUGAUUCUGACCAUCACCUAAACGUCGGGUAAUACUGUGGGGUCUGCUUCCACAGAAGGAAACGAAAGUCUUUACUAGUCUAAGUUUUAACAAUUCUCAUUGGCCCAUCCUCAUAGCAGAGCAAUUGAAAAUAUUUUCACUUUGAAUAAGUAGAGUUUCUAUUGUUGAGGUUAGUAGUCUGUUUUAAAAUUUUCAAGAAAAGGGCUUCCCUGGUGGCGCAGUGGUUGAGAGUCUGCCGAUGCAGGGGACGCGGGUUCGUGCCCCGGUCCGGGAAGAUCCCCCAUGCCGUGGAGCGGCUGGGCCCGUGAGCCAUGGCCGCUGAGCCUGCGCGUCCGGAGCCUGUGCUCCGCAACGGGAGACGCCACAACAGUGAGAGGCCCGCAUACCACAAAAAAAAAAAAAAAAAAAAUCAAAAAAGUAGGCACCAGCACUAUUUAGAUUUAACUCAAACUGAAAUCUCGAACCAGAAUCCCAUCUAAUGAAGGUAACUGUGCUUUCUGCAAGCGCUCCAAGCCAGCCUGUGGAUCUUGGGGUGCUGGUGGCAUGAUGUGCAAAGUAAUGAGAGAAAAGGAAGGAGCUCCAGCUAGGCCUGUGGGAUAGGACCAGGCACAUUUUCAUGUUCAUUUCUUGUCCCAGUCAUUAUUUUCCUCCCUUCCCGAUUCUCUACAAGUUGUUACAAGGGGCAGAAUGUAUUUCAUGUUAAGCCAGCCAACCAGACUUUUUGCUAUUCUUGUUUUUCUGUUAAAAGAAAAAAAUAGUCCAGAUAAUUUCUUAAGUGUAUGAAUGUAAAAGAAAGCUGGGUGGCUCUCCUCCUAGGUUGGAUGUUUGCAGUUGCAGGAGCAGAUGUGCUCUAUUUCCACUUUAAUAUUAGCUGGGUAAAUCCCACAUUUUCUCAGAGCAGAACACAUCUGCUAUAUACUUUAACUAGAAGCAAAUUACAAUUAUGUUUAAACUUAUACUGUCCAAUACAGCAGUCACUGGCUACAUAUGGUUAGUUAAAUGUUAAUUAAAAAUAAAUUAAGAAUUCAGUUCUCCAGUCACACUGGCCACAUUUCAAAUGCUCAGCAGCCACACGUGGCACAGGACCGCCCAGGUCUGGGACAGUUCCACCGUGUGAACCCUCUCAGACAGCACUGGUCUGCACUUUCACUCCAGAGAAAAAAGCUCUGCCAUCGUGUUUAAGUCUUACAACUUAGAGUGCCUAGAAUUAAGAGGGAAACGUAUUUAAAACAGUUCACAAUGUUAAAUCACACAGGUCGAGCCAUGUGAAAUUCUAUUGGACUGUUUUUGAUCUACAAAAAUGACAGUUUCACAUAAUUUGAUCUACUAUAUCAGUGCGUUACCACCACAUGUCAUUGAACUUGAAACGUGCAUCUCCUCUGAUCUCGCUCCUAUGAAUCCAGGCUCUUUUGUUUAGAAGGUACACAGCUGUAACUUCUAACAUUUGCCCUUACAUCAUUAGUCUCUGGACAGGCAGCAGUUGUAACUCCAGCAAGAAAGCCUCAGGCAGUGUUGAUGGAGGAAAGUGGCCUUUAUACCGCAUGGAACUUAACAACAGACUAGACUACUUUGUUGGGGAAAGUGGUCCUCACACAGGCAACACUGUUGGCUUAGGAAAUGAACGCAUCUCCUCUCUGAAUUCCGUAGUGUUUUUAUUUCUUGAUUUUACUCCAGCAGACACGUCUGAAGGGUAUCAUGAAGGUUCUUUGAAGAAGUGACUGGACCCGUGUGAACUGUCCACUUGAACCCCAGCGAUGUAAAUGUGCCUCUCUGUAUUUUGACAUUUUUAACUGUGCAGCUGUAUCACGCCUAUUUCAAAAGCUCUUCGUGCUCUUCGGGGCUCUCCCCCUGUGCCGUGUUGUCUCUAGCGUGUUUGUGGCUUCUCGCUCAGAGAGCAGCGCUGAGGCAGGGCCUCACGCCGAGUCACAGGGCUCCUCGGAACAAGAAAACUUUCUCAGAAGUCCUCCCACACAGGUGGGUGACAGAAACAGUUUGUGGCAACACAAAUCUCUCUCCAUGGUGGAGAAACUUUUGCUUAUCCACUGUAUUCUACUCAGUGUCUAGUGAUGACAAAUGUAAUAGAAUAAAACCAGUAAAGUAUAUGGGCCCUGGUUAAGUGUUAAAUGUGUAUCUCACCUGUGGAACCUGCUCAGCAGCUUGGUUUCCGGGGUUGGGGGCAUAUUUAUUUCUUACAGCCAAACCUCUUCUUCAUUGGUUUAGUGUAUGUACAUAAGUCUAUUUAGAUAUACUUAUCCCACUUCCACCUCCACCGUCCCCUAAACUUUCUCACAUCCCCCCUGUUGCUGAAGUGGCCUCUUCACACAGGCCCUGGAGGAGCUCCUGAGCAAAGUCCGUUCCUGCAUCCAGGGCAUGGGUCCCAAGGGAUGAGCGUAUGGCCGCAGGAAGGUGCCCAUAGCACAGGAAGGUGCCCAUAGCACAGGAAGGGGUGGGCGUGGGUGGCGUCAUGCUGUGGUCCAAGGUCUGUGCAUCACCUCACUGGGUGCAGUACCUUCCCCCUCAGGUCUGUGAAGGACUCCAGGCUGCCCUCUGUGAGUGAUGGUUGUGUGUGACGUAAUCAUUUCCACUAAAACCUAGUCUGUGUGAUGCUGAGAGGAUUAACUGUGCAAGUGACUGAUUUCAUUUAAGUUGUAAUCACAUCCCUUUUCUGCUUCACCAACCUGAACUGUUUUAUGGAAAGUAUCAUUAAAGAUCUGGUCUCUUUC